GCCGGGUGUUCCGGUUAGUCGCGCGCGAAGCGGGAAAGAGAGAGGGGAUCGCUGUGUGUAGAGUGAGCGUGCGCGUGCAGUUCUCUAACCGGAAGAAGAGUGUGUGAGAACGAGAGGAGGAGAAAACGCGCCGAAAAUCAGGCCAAAGCAAAAAGCAGAGAGAAUCAGGAGUUUAUCCGCAGGAAUCAUGGCCGAUCCCAAGGAUGCACAAGAGGAGCACGAGACCUCCACGGAUAACGCAGAUGACACAAACCAUGACCCACACUUCGAACCCAUCGUGUCUCUGCCUGAGCGCGAGGUUAAAACUCUGGAGGAGGACGAGGAGGAGAUCUUCAAAAUGAGAGCGAAGCUGUACCGCUUUGCGAGUGAGAACGAUCCUCCGGAGUGGAAGGAGCGUGGUACAGGAGAUGUAAAGCUGCUGCGCCACAAAGAGAAGGGUUCCAUCCGCCUGCUAAUGAGGAGAGACCGCACACUCAAAAUCUGUGCCAACCACCACAUCAUGCCCCUGAUGGAGCUGAAGCCAAACGCAGGCAGUGACAGGGCCUGGGUGUGGAACACACACGCCGACUUCGCUGAUGAAGAACCAAAACCAGAGCUGCUGGCCAUCCGCUUCCUCAACGCAGAGAAUGCACAGAAGUUCAAGGUGAAAUUUGAUGAAUGCAAAGAGGAAGUCCGGAAAUCACUCGAAGGUGGAGACAAAGCCAACAACGUUUUGGAGAAACUGGAAGAGCUUUCACUCAAGGAGAAGGAGAAGAAGGAGGAAGAGAAGGAGAAGAAAACGGAGGAGGAGAAGAAGGAGGGAGAGGAGAAAUGAGUUGUUUUUUUGUUUUUGUUUUUUCUUCUUCUUCUCCACCCCCUCCCUCCUUGCAGCACUUCUUCUCUUUUCUAAAACAGACUCUGAACACGGCAUUCGGACACGUAGUCUCUUUAUUUUGGGUUCAAACCUCUGUUUUUCCAUUUGUUUUUUAUUUGUCCAUCAGAGACCUCAGCAUCAUUCUUCAUCCAUUCCUUUCUCUCUCAUACACACACCUACACACACGCUCGCCUGCUUGUGUACGGAUCACCUGAUGGCCCUGACGGGGGGAGGGCAGGGUUCGCCUCGCUCCCGCCUCGGCUCGUGUAUCUUUUGUUUUUUUUCUGUACUGGACGCAGAACGAGCAGGAAGCGAGUUUGGUCGGCAGAAAGCUGAGGUUCUGAGGGAGAACCCGGAAGGCGUCUCAGGGUUCCAACCUGAGCGGAUGAUCUGAAGAGAUCAGUGAAGCACCCUGAGGCCUGGUGCUGCUCUGUCUGAUUAUAAACAAAAUGGAGGAAAUAAAGAAACGUUCACUCGA